AUGAAAUUUUGUGCAGUAUGGACUUUAAGGAAAAGCCCCCAAGGAAGGGCAGAGGUCGUCGUGGUAAACAACGUUUGUUUCCUUGAUGAAAAUAAUGAUUUGCUUGAGAUGGACACCAUUCCCAAGGUCGAAAACGAACCACCGAAAAUUUUGAAUGUUGACAAGGAACCAGACCUUCUGGAACGAGGACUCCAUGGAAAUGCAGCAGUGGAAGUUGAGAUGAAUGCUCCCCAAGAUCUGCAUGAAUUGGGGAAUAGGGAAUCGCCGAGCAGCUCUGGAAACGAAUGCGAAACGCUAGGAGACAACUUGGAGGAAAAUAUCCCGGAAAAGCUGUCACGCGCCAAUCGAAGGAAGUUGACGCGAUCUUUGCUACGCGAAUGCAGCUUGAAACCUUUGCGUGGUUCAAGGCGAAAAGCUCCGCCAUCCGCGUCUGUUCGCAAGAGAGUACCACGAAUUUUCAGCGACGAAACUAUUCAAGAUAGUGAAGUAGAAAGUUUCGACACCUUUCUUAAAUAUCCGAAAGAUAUCAUAUGCCCGGACACAGUUGAAGGUUUCUGUUCAAGACCUAACGAUAAAAUGAGAAGCCUGUAUGAAGACUACAUGGCAAAUGUUCGUGGUGAGGGAAUUCCCGUCCAUGAUCUGGAAGCGAAGCUAUUAGAGAAAUUGGAAUGUCUUGAGAAAGAAUUAUCCGAUUUGAAAGAGGCUAAAGCCAAGCUUGAGGAAGAGGAUGAUCUUGGAGCGGAGCCAUUUCUGGACUACGUCGCUUAUCGAAUGUUAGUUUGUGGCUCUUUCUUCAAAAUGUGA